AGCGGGGCUUCGUGUUCACACACCCGCCCCCCCCCAUCCCCCGCCCAUCCUCCUGGAAAAGAGGCAGCGUUAAGACUCGGGGGGACGAGAAGGUCUCCAGGGUAGAGGUGGACUAAAGGAAGACGCGCGAUAUUCCGUCCACGCACGCACGAACACCCAGGACUCAGCAAGCAGCAAGGCUUUGACGGCGCCUCGCGGAGGCUGCGCGCGACGCGUGCCAAGUGUCCAGGACAGAAGUGCGGAAGAAGAGCGAGGCGCCCGCUCGGCUUCCACAGUUUCGCGCGAGCGGACAGACACUCGCUACAGACUAAAGAAGACGUCCGGUCCAGCCUAAUGGCACUGCAUUAAUUAGAUGCAAAUAAGGCGACGCUUUGGGCAGCGAACGUCUGCCUUUUGUUUUGUAAGUAGGGACUUCUCCGAAAAGCUGCUUGCCAGAGGCGGUCCUGCAGCCUGGGGACUUGGCCGUCAUGCUGGACUGAUCGCGGGGAAAUAUGUUUGGGCUGGAACAGUUUGGGCCUCAGAUUCAUAGCAGAAGGUCUGGCCAAGCGGAGAGAGACGUCGCCCAUCUGGGACAGCAAAUGAACUCUCAAUACAAGAAUCCAGGAUUCCACCCCGGGGGUGUGCACGUACCUGGGGAGCCAGGUGCGGCCCCUUUGAAUGAUCCAAGCGUGCCGUACGGCUUCCACCCGCUGGGCCACAUGGACCCGUGCUCACCAAGUCUGCCGCACCUGCAGCACCCGCCCCAAAUGCACACGUUCGUCGGCGGCCACCAGCCCCACCUCGGACCCCCGCAGGGACACCACCCCCAUCUGCAACAUUCUCAGUUCGGAGGCUCCUACGGGGCGACCGAAAUGAGCUCGUCCUGCCUGCAUGGGGGUCGGCUGGAGGGCUUCCAGCAGGGCUUCACGGAGGGCUUUGACCCGCUCUCUGUGAGCCAGGCAGGGGAGGGGUUCAGCCACCGGCAGCCCUCUGCUGCCAUACCCGACUUUCAACAUCACGGCCCAGGUGGCAACCACGUGGUUCCUGCCCCGUGCCUCCCCCUAGAUCAGUCACCCAACAGGGCUGCCUCCUUCCACGGCCUGCCUUCCUUCUCUUCUGAACCUCACAGCCUUGACCCCCACGGUCUGCCCCCACCAGGUAGACCGAAGGGAUUUGAUUACGGUUACUCCAGCGAUCCCCAUCCUGGGCCCUGCAACUCAACUGCAUUCUCUUCCUCAGAACCAAACUGCCACGUCCCCCACUAUGGCAUGGGAAGACCCGCUGCUGGUGAUGGAGGUUCCCAUGGCAACCCUGGUGUUCCCAGGCAAGGCGUCCCCAAGGCACACCAACUGCAACAUGCCACAUUCUAUGAGAGGUUUGGGGGUGGCAGAAAGGUGCCUGUAGGUGAAGAACCAGGACUAACAGCCAGGUACUCUGCUGGGCAGCAGCCACAGCCAGGCGGGGUUGCCAGGCAAGGCCCCUGCCCUUCAGCAUUGGUACACUCACCUGGCUCCGGCCACAACGGCAUGAGAGAUGGUGGGCUCAUGAUGCCUGUCCAGCACGGCCAGUUUGAUUACCCUUUCAGCAGAACAGAAGGUCGGAGCGUCCACCCCUAUGAAGAUCCCGCAUUCGGUAUGCAGCCGCAGCCACCACCUAGUCAGAGACUCCAGCACUUUGAUUCCGCUUGUAUGAACGUGUCCAAGAGGCCUAGGUUUGACUUCUCCGGUGGUCCCAAUGAGGAGGGUUGUGGGAAUUGGGGCAAUGGUCUGCAUACCCCACCAGGGGGCUCGAGCCACCUCUCACCUUCUGCCUAUCCGGCGCCCACUGGGAAUUUUACCCCUGCUGCCCCGGAAGGCUUUUCCCUGCUGUCCGCCGAGCAGGUGUCCUUGCAGCAGAGGCACAAUGCGGCCCUGAUGAUGAAGCAGAUGGCCUCCAGGAGCCAGCAGCACAGGACCCAGCAGUCUGGUCUGCGGCAAAUUUGUCACCCAGGGGACCUGGGUCCAAGCAAUAUGGCGCCCAGGGGCCAGAUGGGAGCCUUUGAGGGGUCAAGCUUUGAGAACGACGGUGUAAGGAGGAUGGCUAAUGUAGACUCCCAGAAAGGCCCCACACUUCAGGAGAUCCCCUGGUGCCCCACAAUGGCCCCUCAGGGGGACAUUCUGCCCUGUAGGCUCGGUGGUGCCCCUAGGCCUCAUGACAUGGGGCUGCAGCAGGGCAGCGGUGAUGUGCUCUUCAGACCAGGGACUGGGUGUCCGGGGAUGGGUGUCCAGGAACCCACAAGAAUGUCCCACAAUAGGCAUACCCAAGGUCACGCCCAGGCCCUGCUCUCACCUGGGGUCCAUUCGCAGCUCAGAAACAACACAGGUGAGCUACAGCAGAUGCAGUCUCCAGACAUGGGAGUCGUGCUCCCAAAUGCGGCCGCUGGCAGAAGGCCCACGGAUUUUUCCACGCCCCACAUGGGAAGUCAGCCCAGUUUUCCUUUUGGAGGAACGCAACGACAAGGGACAGCUCAAAAUAUCGCCCCGGGAACCAACAGCUCACCAGGAAGCUACCAGACACGCUCGGAAAUGUCCACGGGGCAGGGUUCAUCGCUCAGUAAGCUGGGGAGCCUCUCGCUGGGGAGCUUCAGCAAGUCAAGCGGGAAGGACAGCGCAUUUGGCGAGAGCUGUUUGGCGGCCCUCUCCACUGCCUGCCAGAACAUGAUCGCCAGCCUGGGGGCCCCCAACCUGAAUGUGACAUUUAACAGGAAAGGCCCAAACCAGGGCAGGCGCAAAGCGGGCCCGGCAGAGCAGGACGUCGGUUGCGCCGCGAUGAGUGGGGUCGGCGAGUGUUUCCAGGGUGACGUGUGUCAGGGGGGCCACUCGCCCGCCGCCGGCACCUGCAGCACUAAGCUCCCAGGUCAAAGUAACACAAACCAGGGCGGGCCGGGGGAAGCCAGCACCCCCUCCUCUAACCUCAGCAAGGAGAAUCCUCCAGGGGGUGAGGGGAGGGGGGGCCCAGUGUGCGGGAGAGGGAGGGGGAGGAGAAAAAGCGGACAAAUAAACCCAGGGGGCUUUUUUCCGUCUGAUGGGGGGAACGCUGCAGUGACCCCCUCCCCCAGCAGCGGGGAGAAACUCCAGGAGGAAUCACUCAAGUCCCCGUCCUGGAGAAAGGGGGAUGACCUGCUCCUGGGGGACCAAACCGACCUCAUGUCUUCCCUGGACGCUGGGACUCAGAGUGUCGCCAGGUCCAACGGCAGCUCGCCACACGCAGACUUCCCCGGUGACGGUAGCGCCAUCUGCAGCAACGAAGAUGAGGUGUCCUCCAGUUCGGACCACUCCAAGCCUGUCCGCAGCCUCCCGCUGCCCGUGUCCCCGAAGCAGCUGAGGAGCGACCAGAGGGUGACCAAGAGGCAAAAGCCUGGGGGCGUGACGGUCGGAGGGUGCAGCACCUCCACCCCUGACAGCUACACGUUCAACGGGCCUGGAACACCUGUCCUUGAGCCAGUACGUGUGCCUACGAGUGCUGCGGGUCAGGAUGAAAUCCACCCCCUGGACAUCCUGCAGGCGCAGAUCCAGCUGCAGAGGCAGCAGUUCAGCAUCUCCGAGGACGGGGCUCGAACCGACAGCCCUAGCCAGAACGGCGACACGGGGCCGUCGCCACAUUGCAGCCCCGAUGGAGGGAAGGCCCCCGUCGACCCCAUCGAUCUGGACUCCCUCAUGGCGGAGCAGAAUGCCGCCUGGUUUGUGCCUGGCAACAAGGCCCUCGUGAGCGAUCAGCAGGGGGACAAGCGCACAGCACCCUGGGAAAAGAGCGGGUCUCACAGCAACUGCAAAGAAGGCGCCGACCAGAGCAUGGCAGGCAGCGGGAUUGGAAGCGGAGGUGGUCUCUGCCUGUCGGUCCAGUGCACAGAUGAGCUGGGGACAGGCGAAGCUCACGCAGGAGCGGUCCCCGCAUGGCGCUCGCUGCACUCGGACAUUUCCAGCCACUUCAGCACCUACGUGGCGGCCCUCACCUGACAGUGGGCUCUAGAGGGGCGCCCUAGGGGCUCGUGAACACCGCAGCGAACGCAAGAACGGCGAACACGCUCCUCGUGCUCGUUGACGAUGCCGCACACGCCUGGCGUUCUCCUGGGAACUGAAUUGCGGGAUGGGGUGGUGUUUAUUGGUACAGUGUCGAUUUAUUUUCUGUUUUUCCUUAUUUAUAUUAAUGUAAUAACAGCUAUUUAUUUUAGAAAAUUAAACAUAGUCCAUACAUGAGAACCAUUGCCACUUGUAGAACGCUUUUCCGUGAUGUCGUUUGAAACGUUACGUUGGGUGGAAGGACUUCCUCCGGUUGUCACCCAGUUCCGCUCUCCUCAGGCGCACCGGAUGGACUUGUGUUCUAAGCUAUGAAGCUCUACCUGGCGUUUUGAUGCUAACGUCACACGUCCUGCGUGACCGUGCGAGCAGAAGCCUUCCUUCGCACACAAACACACACAAAGCUUUCAUUGGCCAAAAGAGGAGGUACAAAGCUCCCCAUUCAAAUAUUGGCAUAGUGGAAACCAUUAUUCAGAACCGGGUCUAUCUGAAUUUGCACCUAGACUGUCUAUCAAGGGCAUAGUUUUUAUUAUGUUGGGCAACCUGACAAAUCUUUCUGUCUAGACAACCCCCCCCCACCCCUCCCCCCACCCAGCUUCUGACAUCUUCCUGGGUUCAGCUGACAAGCACUUCCGUGCCCAUGACCACGUGCGGUUUUCCAGCCCGGACAAGUCUGCUGUUUAUUUAAGCCGAUCCAUCACGGUCGAAACACGAGAAGAGGAGCUGCUUCUCUCUUUCGGCAUCCAGACAGACUCCAUUGCAGGUGUGCAGUGCUGCUGGAUCGAAUGGGCAGAAGCGAUUUGUAAGGACAUACAGUAAAAGUGUUGCACAUGUUAAAUACGAGAACAUUUGCUAUGUGUUAAGCAAUCCUGUAAUCCUGUAAUAAAUCUGCUUAAAAUGACCUCUUAUAUAUAAUGGGGGAUUUUAACAGCAACUUUUUUAUUGGUAUGGAAGUACGGUCUUUUUCAUAUAUUUUGUAAAUAUCUGUAUAUGUUCUACUGAGUAACUAAAUAUUAGUAACUAUGAUGGUAAUGGUGCAUUUUGGGAGUUUUACUGUCAAACGCUUUUCUGCAGUUCUUGAUGCAAAGAAUCUGUGUGUUUGCAAAUGAAGCGGUCAUGUACUUCGCAACAUUUUCUGCAGUAAAAAUAUAUGUAUCGACCUACAAGAAAUGGCAGUUAAUUCUGUGUAAAAUACAAGUUUUAGGCCGUGCAGACCGUAGCCGCUCCUAGAUUUGCUGUGAAUCUUGCGCUGAUUUUAAAGGGUCGUUGACAGCGUUCGCUAAUCUCACCGUGCCGUAUACUGUAACCCGUGAGCCUCUCAAAUAGUUAUCAAUUGCAUUUGAUGGGGGAACUGAUUUUGCAGAAAAAGGGGCAAGGCACAAAGCAGCGUGGUGAAACGCAAUUCUAAAAAUCGUACGUCUCCGGCGCUUUAUGGACGAACUUAACGCGAAGAGGCAGGUAGAAUGUUCAUUAAGGCCCUUAUUGAACAUUAGCCCUGCUGCUGAGGGUGGUUGGAUUGAUUUUCCUGGUAGGCCUGACAACCCGUCUGAUCGCUCUUUUCCCCUCUCUCUGCUUCCCUAUGCAGCUGCUCUUUACUGCUCAUCUGCAUAAACAGCAAACAGUAAUCAAUUGCUCCGCUCUGGGUGCAGAAAUCAAUGGUGCAAGAGAGAAUAGAUGGGAUCCCUUACUGUGAGCUGCAUCCCUACCAUCCCCCGCCGCCUCCCCCACCCGCAUUCCCUUCUCUGGUCCCCUACCUUGACAGCGGAGAGUGAGGCGGUGUGAUUGCGUGCUUAUAUUUCUGAGCCUGGGAGGAGCACUCGUACCGCGGAGCCGCACUCUUGGCGUUUCUCCGCGUUCGUUCCCAUCCGAACCCGAGGAGCGUUUGGACUCGGAGGGCCGCUCGGAAGAUACACCUGCCAGCACGUAAACGUAGAUGCGCUCUUGUACUAUAGAAGACACCAGAAGAGUAUGAGCAGGUCUUCGAACUCUCGCCAUCCGUGUGUCCCGGUGACCUGCGGUCGAAGACAUUGUUUAUUCGCCCGGUUACUUUCGCUACGCAGCCUUCGCUCGGUUACACUUUCGUUUCGCUCACGGUCUGGGACUGUAAGACUGACUUCAGACCAAGGGUCAGGAUGCCCUGACACUUAGGUCGCUUUGUAUACGUGCUCAGUCGAGGGAAAUAUUUCCCAGACUCGAGAGCCGCUGAAGUUCAAGAGGAAAUAUUUUGUUCUCAGGCACUGUGUUGCCAAUCAUCGGUAACCCUCAUGUUACGGAAUAAAUGGUAAGAAAAACAUGGGUGAAAGCAGCGCAGGAGCUCUGGACACAGGGAGGUAGAGAGGCUGAUUGCACUGUCUGGGAAACAUUCCCUCUCGUGCAGUUUGUCCUGUAGCCGGUCCCUCCUCGGACAAGUGCGGCCCUAUAAAUACAGCCCGUGUUUGUUUAAGGAUGAUACACAUCUUUGGGAAAAUACCGGCCUGUGGAUUUAGCCCCCCUCCUCCCCUUUGACUCCUGGACUGCUGGAGGUAUGUGAACUCCAGUUAGCCCGGUCUAUUCAGGAGCGGGGGGUGUGGGGGGCCGGGGGCCCAAGGCAUUCCAUACGUGGUCGCAGUGAGAAGCGGCUGAAAGAGCGGCAGCCCUGGCCACCAUCGCAUCUGGUCUCACAACCACAGACUUCUUCUUUGUGACCAUUUAUCCUUUAUACAGAAAGGGAUUUUGUGCGGCGCUGCCGAGGGGAGUUUGGCGUGAUGGGGGGUGGGCACGUUUGUUUUGGGAGCCUCGUUUUUAGCGUGGCAUUGAGCGUUUGGAGUUUUUUUUUUUUUCCUUUGGAACGAGGGAGAAGACAGGGGGAAGGGGUGAGAGCCGAGAGAAGGGUGUGAAAACCUUCCAAAAGGCCGCUUUGCUGCUUUCGAUGGAACAUUACUGUGUAAAUGCGGUCUUUGUGUGUGCACUUUGCCAUUGUUUGGCCAGCAUUGUGCAUUUUUUUUUGGGGGGGGGGGGUGGGGUCGGGUAAAUUCUGGGGGUGGAGAGGGUGUCAGAGCGAGAGCCGGUGAGGCUUUGACCCGGGUGCGCAUGAAGAACGUGGGCAGUGCUUUUUUUUUGUGCUCCUCGGAAGGACCAGACUGUUUGCCAUGGAGGCUGUAGAAUCACAUAAAAACACACACCCACACACACUUAAAUGAUCAAGUGAAACAACUUGCAGCUCACUGUAAACUGUUUUAUUUCGAGACAUGGGAGUAGAUACCGGUGAUGCACGAGUGACGGCUGAGUCACAGCCCAGCCGUCGCCGAAACGGGGCAGGUGCUAUAAGGUACGCAGGUACCCUUCAUUGGAGAAUUACGUCCUCGGCUCUCCUUAACCGUCGUUCUCUGCCGUACUGCGUCAAAUCGGACUCAACUGUCGAGGCUAACUACGCCUCCUCUCUACACAAUUCCAGAGAGGCCCAUAAAAAAAAUUGGAACCAGCGUUUUGGGACAAGCUGGACAGAACUGUUAUCAUGUUUAUGGACUUGUUUACAGAGCAAUAAAGACACCUGAGAGCGCCUGGAGGUGGGCGCCACGAACCGGAAGCCGCAUUAUGAUGCCUUCCGUUUCCACGUAGAGAGAAUUUAGUUAUUCCUUAAGAGUUUGGACGAACCCAGAGUUCAGCGAUGCGAUGGGGGCCCAGGAUCUUUUCUGCUGACCGAGCGAGGAGGCCGCGUUCCAAAUCUCAACCGUGCCGCUUAUUUGCGGGUCUGUCUAACGUGCUAUCGGAAAGGAGGCUCUAAUCCCGCGGGAGGGUGUGAGUGUGUGUGUGUAUGUGUCUAUGGAGGGGAGGGGGCAUCCGUUCAGCAAAGACUUGACUUUAGAACAGAGGCCUAGGUGUACAGGUCACCAGAGGUCCACAGGGAUCAUCAGGGGUUACAAAGGGCAGAACAACACCCCCAGGCCAAACACAGGCAAAGGGGUAUGUUUCCCUACUUCUACACACACACACAC